AUGUCAGUGGUUUACCGUAUAAUUAUCGUUGACCCGGACCGCGCCGCUCGAUAUGCCCGCAAACGCGCCUCUUCAGGUUCAACUGCUUCGGCGACAAACAUCUCCAAGAAGUCCAAAACGGGCGAUAAGAGUAGCUCAUCGGACAUCCCUCGGAGAGACCGAUGGUCUGCUGUUUCCGCUAAGGGAUUCAGAUCGCGCUUACGCUACAUUUGUAUCUGUCCCCUUCCAUGGAUCGGCAAGGAGGAUGACGAUGAAGAUAGCGUCGAUGGAUGUGACAAAGGCAAAUCAUGCCUCUGUCAUAAACCUGCUAUUGAACAUCCGGAGCACAUCUGGGUUGUCAGUGCGGCAGGUUACAAGAAGUUUCUCGCUCUUGAUACUCUCAUAUCGCUCCGUGACCCAGACAACUUUCAGAUGUACACGUUCAAUGACCACUCAGGCUACGGUGUUAUAGAGGCUAUUGAGAAUUACAUUCUGGAUUUUAUAGAGGCCGAAGGCAACUGGAAAGAGCAAUGGGUGGUAUGCGAAGCAUUGGCGUUGAUAUUGUCAGGCAAUGGGAUGAUGCCUAUGGUUAUGGUCGGUGACUCGGAAAAAGUCACGGCAAUUUUUUCAAUUAUCGUGCGCAUGGUCCUGUCAGUCCUUGCCAAGUUGGAAGGUUUGGAGCUGCUCAAGCCUGAUUCGGAAGUCAGAAAUCUCAGCCUAGUCAUGGCUCUGUACAUUGAAGAAACUGGGUCCUUCCGAAGCGAUGGCUAUAUUUCGGCUGAUGAACCGGAAAGGCGCUCUAAAACAUUCAAAUUCGAUGCUGCCCGUUUUGACAACUACCUGGUUACCUAUGCGAGGAAGUACAAUAUCAAGCCGCAAGGUCUUCCUGAUACCGAUAAAAAUGUGGAAAAAUUGGAUGAUAUCGAGCUUCCAGCUGCUGGAAAGGACCCGUGGGGCUGGAAUGUCGCCUUGAAAAAGUAUUGGCGAGACUACGGCCCAAAGAUCGGGGGCGAUGAUCUUGAUAUUACCACUUUUACUGGUAAGGAUCCACUUAGCAGGAAAGAAAUUCAGGCGAUAAAGGACGGGAUGGUGAUGCAAAUGAUGUAAGAAUUAUUAAAAGUGGUUGAAAACGAAGGUCUCUAGAAAGAGAAAUGUACAGAUAUUCCUAUUAAGAUUACUUUACAAUUUAGUAUACUGCG